CUUUUUUUAUAUUUGAGGAAGUAGAUAACUAUAUCCUUUUCAUUCAUAAGAAUAUUGAAACAUUAGUAAUUCUGUGACCUAUUAUCUCCAUAAUCACAUUUUCCUCCUCAUUUUCUUAGUUCUUAUUUCAUUGGCAGCCCAGUUGGCUGGAUCAAUGGAUGGAGGGAAUCACUCGGUUGUGUCUGAGUUUGUGUUUCUGGGACUCACUCAUUCAUGGGAGAUCCAGCUUCUCCUCCUGGUGUUCUCCUCUGUGCUCUAUGUGGCAAGCAUGACCGGGAACAUCCUCAUUGUGUUCUCUGUGACCGUUGAUCCUCAGUUGCAUUCCCCCAUGUACUUCCUACUGGCCAAUCUCUCUUUCAUUGACUUGGGAGCCUGCUCUGCCACCUCACCCAAGAUGAUUUAUGACCUUUUCAGAAAGCACAAAGUCAUCUCCUUUGGAGGCUGCAUCGCCCAGAUCUUCUUCAUCCACGUCAUUGGUGGUGUGGAGAUGGUGCUGCUCAUCGCCAUGGCCUUUGACAGAUAUGUUGCCAUCUGCAAGCCUCUCCACUACUUGACCAUCAUGAGCCCACGAAUGUGCAUUUUGUUUCUGGCUGCUGCCUGGGCCCUUGGUGUCAGUCACUCACUGUUCCAACUAGCAUUCAUUGUUAAUUUACCCUUCUGUGGUCCUAAUGUAUUGGACAGCUUUUACUGUGACCUUCCUCGGCUCCUCAGACUGGCCUGUACAGAUACCUACAGAUUGCAGUUCAUGGUCACUGUUAACAGUGGGUUUAUCUGUGUGGGUUCCUUCUUCAUACUCCUCAUCUCCUACGUCUUCAUCCUUUUUUCUGUUUGGAAACAUUCCUCAGGUGGUUCAUCCAAAGCCGUUUCCACCCUGUCAGCUCACAUCACUGUGGUCCUUUUGUUUUUUGGUCCAACCAUGUUUGUCUAUACAUGGCCACAUCCCAAUUCCCAGAUGGACAAAUUUCUUGCCAUUUUUGAUGCAGUCAUCACUCCUUUUCUGAAUCCAGUCAUCUACACGCUCAGGAAUAAAGAGAUGAAGGCAGCAAUCAAGAGAGUGUGCAGACAGCUAGUGAUUUACAGGAAGAUCUCAUAAGUGAUAUAUGACUUCUCACUAAUCAUGGGAUAGCCUUUUGUUUCUAUCUUUGAUAUUUUGGAUUCAGAAAAUUUGGGACAUCAAAUAUUGAUAUGAGUGUUAUCACAGCUGUGACAUAAUUCUUACAUGAUGAAUCUAUUUAAUCCUUAUAAAGAGUGAGCCAUGGAAACAGUAUAUCUCGCUAUCUAUGGAAGUCCCAUUUAAUUUAUUUCAGCAAUGUUAUAUAGUUUCGGGUGAACAGGUCUUGCAUAUCUUUCUUGAGAUUUGUUCCUAAUUAUUUUAAUUUUUGGUGCUGUUUUAAAUGGCAUUUUUGUUUAGUUUAUAAUUGUUUAUUGCUAAUUAUAGAAAUAGAUUUUUUUUAUUGAAAUUGUAUUUUGAAAACUUGCAAAAUCGUUCACUUCCUCUUGGUUUUUUACAGAGUAAGUAGGAUCUUCCUCAUAGAUGGUCAUUUUUUCAGUGCAUAAGCACAUUUUACUUCUUUUAUUCUAGUAUGGAUAAUUUUAUUCAUUUCUGUUUCCUUAUUGUACUUGCCAGGUCAAAUAGUGUAGUGCUGAAUAUACAAGUGGUUAGGGUGAACAUCUUUGACUUGUUUUUAUUCUUAUAAGAAAAACUUUCAUUUUUUUGUUAAGUAUGAUGCUAGGUAUAGGUCUUUAAUACGAGCUUUUUAUCAGGCUGAAGAAAUUCCUUUCUAUUUAGUUUUUAAAAUCAGCAGUGGAUGUUGGGUUAUGAAACAGUGCUUUAUCUAGUUUAGUAUCAGGAUAAUGGUGGCCUUUUAGAAUAUAUUUCCUUGUUUUAAAUUUACUGCAGAAGUUUUGUAGAAAUGUUGUAGUUUCUUUCUUAAAUGUUUGGUAAAAUUUACCAGAGAAGUAAUUUUAGCCUGCAGUUUUCUCUAGGAGAAAGUUUUCAACUAUAAAUUCAAUUGUUGGUAGUCUGUGUCUUUAAAGAAAUGUGCAUAUUAAUCUAUGUUGUCAUCAUUAUUGGAAAAGCUGUUCCUAAUAUUCUCU